GUUUGAUAUAUUUGUGUAUCAAGCAUAUCUUUCUACAGAUGUGGCUGAAGAGAUCUUUUGCGUUUUGUUACUUGAUGAAGGGCAACUCUUUCGUGCUGAAGGCUCCAUCCUGUCUACUUUCCACCUUUAGUGAGACUGAAACCAUAACCCAGCAAGCGUCUGGUAGUAGUGAUCCUGAUGCCCCCGUUGAGAUAGAAAGCAAUCCCUAUAAAAAAGAAGAUAGGAAAUGUUUGCUAUGUCGAACAGGAAUCGAGCUUGACUAUAAGAACGCCCGAUUAUUGCAGCAAUUUGUCUCAACGUUUUCGGGACGAGUGUAUGACCGGCACAUCACCGGGCUUUGUGAUCAUCAGCAGAAGAAACUUGUAGAAACUAUAGCUUUGUCAAGGAAAGCUGGUUAUAUGCCUAUCUUUGUGAAGGAUCCGAAAUAUACAAGAGACCCGAAACUGUUUGAUCCCCUCAGACCGAUUCGACCUCACUCUUUUGCUUAG